AGGCGGGGCUGCCGUUUUCAUCAGCCAGUAGCCGUAAACGUCAAGCAGGAUCUCUGCAAAGCAAAGAGAACAUGAAUAACGGAACGCACAAUAUUUACCAAUAUGAUUAUCAAGAUACCGUUAGAAACGCGUGGCGCUUAUGAAUAAGAGCAGACCAAUAAAGAGCCAGCCGUAUUUUCGGCUGUUGAGGUAAAGAAUCGGCCCACCAUCUAAGGCUUUACAUUGAUCAUUUAGGAUGGCCUGGAUAUGGAAGAGGAAGUCGGUCAUUGCGACAGGCCUGAUCGUGGUGGUGUCUCUCUUCGUGGUGGUGGUAAACUACUCUGGGAAGCCCUACGACCUGCUGCAGCCCGUCUUUGGCCAGAGCUUCAGCAGCCACUGGAUGUUCUACAGGCAGCCUCCCAAGGCGUUCAAACCCCACCCAGGCUACCUCAGCAUCCCCAAGCAGGAGCCUCUGAAGUUGCACUGUGACGUGUGCAGCAUCGUGUCCAGCUCGGGCCAGAUGCUUGGUCAGCAGGCGGGGCCUGAGAUUGACCGCUCCUCCUGCAUCUGGCGCAUGAACAACGCACCGACGCAGGGCUUCGAGCGCGACGUGGGCCGGCGCACCACGCUACGGGUGGUCUCGCACACCAGCGUUCCACUGCUCCUGCAGAAGCCGCAGUACUUCUUCGGCCAGGCCAACGACACGGUCUACGUGGUGUGGGGCCCGCUCAGAAACAUGCGCAAGGACGGCAAGGGCAUCGUGUACAACAUGCUGAAGCAGGCGGCCGAAAACUAUCCGCAGGCCCGCAUCUACGUCACCACUGAGGAGCGCAUGAACUACUGUGACACGGUCUUCAAGAAGGAGACAGGCAAAGACCGCAUACAGUCAGGAUCCUACCUCAGCACUGGCUGGUUCACCCUCAUCCUGGCCAUGGACAUGUGCAAAGAGAUCCGCAUUUACGGAAUGAUCAACGACACGUACUGCAAGACGGAAGGGUACAGGAAGGUGCCAUACCACUACUAUGAGGUGGGGAGCCGGGACGAGUGCGCUGAGUACCUGCUUCACGAGAGCGCCCCGUAUGGCGGCCACCGCUUCAUCACCGAGAAGGCCGUCUUUGCCAAGUGGGCCAAGACGCAUGCUAUCAAAUUCCUUAAUCCAGAGUGGCAGCUCUCAUGACCAUCACCACCUCUCCCCACCACCCCCCCCCCACACACACACACACACACACACAUACACACACACACACACACACACCACCACAACCUUGUGACUAGACACAGAUCGCUCCAUGCCCUGAGGACACUGUAGCACUCAGAGGUCUCCUAGCUGCACUCACCUUAGAGAAAUGAAAAAAACACUGACAUGCAAGACGACCUGCGUGUGAGAUUCUACAUGCACCUCUGCUGUGAAGAGCGUGAGGGUCCUAUGGCGGUGGGAGAUCGACACCAGCGAUCUCCGCAUUGGUGCAUUGGUCUCUCCCCGAUAGACAAUCAAUCACCAGUGUUUAGACAGAUGCACUCUACUGAACAAAUAAUGCCUGUUGACGCAACAUGGUGUGCGAGAGCGCGGCUUGUGAAUGUUUGUAUUCGUACACUGUCCAGCUGUCGAUUUCUGCACCGGAGCAGCCAUGGGAAGGUCACUCAAGCAAAGGCCAGCGAGCAGAAAGGCUGCUGCUUGACAUUCACAAGAUGACGAGGAAGUGCAAUCAUAAAUCAUGGAUUUCUCGCACUCUCUUUCUCUCUUUCUCUCUCUCUCUCUCUCUCUCUCUCUCUCUCUCUCUCUCUCUCUCUCUUUCGCUCUCUUUUAAGAAAAGCCUCUUGAAUCUCCAUGUGAUGCACCACCAAUUUGCAGAAAUAGACUGGUCUACAGUCUGCAUUUUUAGCUGAACGAGCUGUUUCUCUCAAAGGUUUUUUUUUCUGCAGUGAUCACAUAGAUGAAAAGUUGAAUACUUUGUAUGUGUGUGGAGGAAAUCUUUCAUCAUCCUUUUCAUCCUACACACAGCCUCCCUACACACGCACAUAUACACACACACGCACACACACACACACACACACACACACACACAGAAACGCACAGACACACAGAUACACUCAAACUCGGAUCAGUCUUUUGACAAAUCAAGACAUAGAAAUGUCAGAUGUGCAUCUGUAUGCUCCAAAAAGCAUAUAUGAAAUUUAUCAUUUCGAAUCUUCAUCUGCAAUCCAGCAUCACAUGUUCAACCUGUCUUCAAGGCUGCCAUUCUGUCCCAUUUAAAACGCCUGCAAUGAUUAGCGAUGUAAAAUGAUUCAUUCAUUGGGUUCAAGAACGAGAUUUGCUGGAUGAUCACCGCCAACCACCCCCCCCCCCCCCCCCCCCCCGUUAUUAAUUGCACAGCACACAUCAGAGCAAUAUGUCACGAUGCAUUACAAUCCUCUCAUCCAAGUGCAAGUGCCAUCUCUUUGACAUUAAUAGCACUAACAGCAUAGGGUGAAGUGGUGCAAACAGCAUGUCACAGCAUCCAUUAGUCAGAGGGCAAGACCACUACCAUUGCCACGGCCCUCACAUGCCUGCUGUGCUGUGCCGUGGAGUGGACUCUAUCUGAAUGAUACUGUAGCCUCUGCAGACGCAGUUCAGGGCACCUCACCUCACCACCGCUCCGGACCACCACCAGCCAUCUCUCUGAGCCAUGAAUGCCUUUGUAUGUGAUACCACUGUGUGGAAAAGUCCUUAUUUGUUUCCUUCCAUUAUUUACUCUCCUUAGUUGUUGUUUUUAUUCUUCUUUUCAUUUGGCUUUUAUUGGCCCCGGAUGAUCAAGAGGGACCCAUAAUGCCAACUGUCCACUUAGUCUUGCUGUCUAUGAUGGUGCUCCUUGCAGAUGAUAGACUUCCAUGUUAGAAUUCUUAGCUAGUUUGGCUCCCACUGAGAUUACUUUCAUUCUCACUCAUUAAAAUAAUUAUGUGGGUGAGCACAAAAAAAGACAAAGUAACUAGAUUACUUAAUUGGCAUUUUGGGCCAAUGUGCCUUUAAAUUCCUAAAAACAAGACAAAUGUGUCUGUACGGAAGUGAAUAGCAGGAAUUUAAAAUAGUUUCUUCUUCAGCAUUUUCAGUUCUUGCUUGGUUUUCAGUGUUGUCACAUCUCCCCUUGACAUGUGCUUAAACCUAUCAGCAAAUACCUUGGGGGGGGGGGGGGGACCUGUCACGCUUGUCCCCCCGGGAAGAGGCAGGACCGAAGCGUGAUGCGUCAAGGAGCGGUGGAGGCUGGCGCGGCCAGAAGGGGCUGGUAGACUGGCGGAGUGAUUAAUCAUCUCUGGAGCUCUCAAAGCUGGGGCAUGAUGCAGCCAGCAGAUAAUGCGGAGCAGCCAGACUCCCCUGCUGGGCGGCCUGCCUCGACCGCACAGGCUCCGCGCCUCAUUUUCUCCUCCUCUCUCUCUCCUCUCUUCCCACAUCUGUCCACCUGUCUGCUGUAUAUGCUCUGCACUGGCAGAAGAAAAGAGGUUCAUUAGAAGUCUGUUUACAGGAGAACAGUACAGGGCAGCUUUGGCUUUUUUUUUUUAAACCCAUACCUUAUUCAAUUCCAAUUUGGUGUAUUUAUAUAGCGCCAUCAACCAUUGAAUGUAUUGGAACGCAAUUCCCAGCUAUUUCUAGUCCUCUUGUAUAGCUGAGCUGGUAGCUUUACUGAGCCUGACUGUGAGAGGACGCUCUUGAAGUGCAAUCCUGUGGGCAUAAAGUAAAAGCCGUGUCCACAAAUAUCUCCAAAAAUCCCCUAAAAACUUUUUAGAAAUGACUCGAAAUGAUGAGCAAUGACCAUUGGACAGUAAUAAUAUGUUCAACCUAUCAUUCAGAGCUCCUGACCUGGCAGCAAUGAAUAGUGCACCUUUCAAGGGGAUCCAAAAAACUAAUUAGUGAGUUGUUUUGCUCUGUGAACCAUUUUCUGUUGAGUGCAAGGCAUGCUAGCCCCCCCCCCCCCCUAUACAUAUAUACAUACAGUGGUCUUGUACACUCUGUGUAUAUAGUUGUAUGUUUUUUGACCAGCCUGUCAUUGUGACAUUGUCUGGCAGCUCUCCUGGCUUAGUCUUCAGCGGUCUCCCUCUUUCUCUGAUUGCAAUAACAUGAGUGCCCACCACCACGACCCCCCUCCCCUGGGCUGUGAGCAGGUGUGCAGCAGCCCCUCAGCACUGCUCCCCCCACCGCAGCCGUUGCCACGUGCAUCAGCGCGGCCCCCGGGGACGCAGCGAGGACAGUCGUUUCUCAAAGAGAACGACGCAGUAGGAGAGCGGUCGCAGGAAGGUAGCUUGUUUGCUCGAAGACGUCUCGCUUCCUGUGAGCAAGCAGGCCUAGGGGCUUCCUUCAGGAGCCACUGUGAAGCAGCGGCGUCCCGCAGUGUUACGGAACGUUCUUCGCAGAGAUGGGAAAUCGCGGGUUCAGAAAGCACAUACUGCAGGAAUUCUGUGUGAAAACCAUCUGGCUUUGCUAAUUGGCACAGUUCUUCAGCCAGGCGGCAUAGCUAAUGAGUGAAAUGAGAUGGCUAAGCGCAUGGAUGGAGACAAUAAAUGGAGAAAAACAUGGAGGCAGUGUUACUUUCUGCACCGGAUCAUUUCCAGCACUGUCCACUCUCAGCUGGGAUGUGGUCAUCAGGCUGCUCUGGAAGCUUCCAUUAGGACAGCUCCUGAGAGACAUGUCAAUACAGCCUGCCUCUGCUGCCCUAUACUACUCCUCAUGGAUAGCAGUCAGUCACUGACACUGUCAGUGGUAUGCCUUUUUUUUAUCACAUUCUCAUUUGUAGCAUUGUUGUUUGUGCUACCAGCCAAGAGGAAGAGGCUAUAAAUGUAUUCUUUUAUUCUGUCUUCAAUUUUCUUUUCUUUCUUUCUUUUGUUCUUUUUGCUUGAUAGAGGUGCAAUUGUCUUACCAUGCUCAGACAUGGAUGACUGACUUCUAAUUCAGAGGUGACGGUUAUGAUUUUCCCUUACUAGACUCAAGUGCUUUUUAUUCGUCUUCGAAAGGUGCAAGGCUUAGACUCAAGCACUUUUAUUUCAUGCAUCAAGUGUCCUUUUUCUCUUUGUUGGUAAGUGUAUUACUCAGUCUAUAGUUAACACCCAACUCCUGGCCAUUCUGUGAUUCACAAGAAAAAAACUUUUCAAGGUUAUGAUCAAUAUAUCCAGUACAGUAUAUAUAAUUAUUUCCCAUGUCUGUUCAAAGAAGAGAAUGGUGCAUAAUGUUCAUGUCAUUAUGAAAAGAUCUGAAGUCUCCUGCAGACAUUUUGCCUUGACUAUAAUGUAAGGGACUGGAUUACUGAAUCUCUUUGUUAAAUAUUUGAACUUAUAUGGGUUGAUCAGCAAUCUGUACAAACGUGUGUUCAUUGUUUUUUAAUGUACUUUUAGGGCUUCACAUUCUCAUCCCCUGUGUGUCAUAAAUUGGCAUGUGAUGAUGUUCAUUUUUUACAUUCUUCUUUGUUUUAUGUGUGUUCUAUGAAUUUAAUGAGUACAUGAAAAUGAUCGAAGGUGUGUUUAAUUAUUUCAUCAAUAUCCGUGAGGAUGAAAAUAUACCGCUCCAGCCCCUCUCAUAGAUGAUCAAUGUAUUGCUGAAAAUUAUCUUUUUUUUCUCUGUAGACACUGAUAUGGUGAUAACUAUUUCAUUUUUGCCUUAUUGUUGGUCAUCAGUAGUCUUACUGGCUUCAUUAAAAGGUGGUGUGUGUAGCCAUCGUUAUCAUUACAAGGACAAAAUGAUCAGUGUUUGACAAAAAAGCCAUGGUUUCAAUUGUCCAAAGCACCCUAUUGUAUUUGUUUUUUUUCUUCUUUAUUUUAUGUUUUUUGCCUCCUUUCUUUAAAAACACAUGCCUAAAACAAAGAGACAAGCUGUAUCAUUUGAACACUAAAUAGCAUUGUGUACCUUUAAAAAUAAUGUUGUUGUGGGGUCUCAAGCAGUUCUGUCUCUGUGUUAAUCUGUGAUUACACACUGCACCUUUAAUUCAAGUGGACGUGUGCUCCACACAAGCUAUUUCAGUGUGUUGUUCAUCAUUAAAUGCUGCCGGUGAUUGAUGUAUACUUUUGUAGAACUUAACAGAAAUAUUCACCCGCCUACUCUAUCAUCGCUCAGUAUUGCCCCUCAUCUUCUGCAAUCAGCCUCCCUGUGUUGACAUUCAGGCAGUGUACCUCACGAAAACCACAUCAGGGUAUUCUGUUUAGGAUGACUACGCUCUGAAUAAAUGCCUGUAUAUUGUUGGAGGUUUAAAGGUCUGCAUUGUAAUUAGCUUAUUGCAGACUAAUGGCAAAUGUUCAGUAUUAAAUUAAGGGUCUAAUGAAGCAUAACUAAAUAAAAGGCCCAGAGACAAAGACAUACUGAGGAUGGAAGAAAGCUGCACUAAAUGGAAUAGAUUUUCUGUGUGUUUUUGGUUGUAUAUGUCCGACAUUCAAUAAUAAUGCCUCUAUUGUAUUAGUUUGAUUUGAGUCUGUGGUUCCAUCCAUUUUUUUUUGUCCAGGGGAUGUGGGUGUAUUUGAGACAGACUCUAUGUGAUCGAUGGUUAUGUGGCGAAUUCCACUCACUUCUCAUUUAAGUGCAAAUGAACCAUUGGACAGCCAAGGGAAAUGGGCUUUGUUAAAUGCUCAGUUCGCCUUACUUUGGACAUAUCUUCCCUUUCAAACAAACAUAACCUUCACUCCUUCAUUCUCUGGAUUUAUACUGUGAUUUUUCCUGAAAUGCGUCGUCCAGAAUUUUAAGUCUUACAGAAAGUCAAUUUUGCCACUCUCCUCUGGGAUUCUGUAGCUUAUUAGAGCUGACUGGUUAGGACGAUGUGGAUGCAUGUGGUAUUAGAUUAGUGGCUACCUUCAUUAUCAAAGACACAUUUCAGCUGGAAGGUUCUAGUGCCCCUCUGCCCUUAACAGAACAGAUGGCACUACCAUAUGUACUUAAGUACCACCUAGGCCUUUGGAUUGGGCUCCUGUCAACAUAAACAGAUAAACAGAGCCAUGAGAUUUUGGGCCAGUUAGAAAAAGAGGAUGUUUCCAAAAUUGUCAGAGGACAAAGUCACCCAGCAUCUGUUCUCCUUGUGGACGCACAGUACUCUCUGAAGCACAAUUAAGUGUAAAAAUAAAAAACCAUUUUGCCAAUGUUUUGCAAUGAUUUCCCCCACUUUCUCAGACAUAUCUUUUGAAAGUAUCUGUUAUGUUUACAUCUUUGGAUGGUGGUAUGCUGCUCCUGCUGAAGCUGAUUUCAGUGUUUUGUCAUUUUAUUAUUAUUUGUAUUACUUUUUUGUCUUAAACUUUCCUUGUGUUUUGUGCAGUAAACUCAUUCUAUCACAUGCAUUUUUGUACUCUCUGUCAGCCUAAUGUUCACAAUGAAUAAAUGAUAUUAAACUGUU